AGCGCUCACGGCUCACUAUUCACUCAACCUCAGUUUUCAUGGCUACAACUUCUCUAAUUCCCAAAGUACCCCUUUCACCCUUUCUCACAAACCCAGCUUCGUCUCCCUCACUCCACUUCACCAAACUCUCCUUCUUGCACCCUCAUUGCGCCAAGAGACCAAGCAGUCUCAACGCCCGACCCAAGAAGAAGAACCGCUGGCUCGAUCCUUUCGACGACGGUGAGGACCCCGACAUAGAGUACGGCUCAGUGUUUUCCGACGGUAAGCAAGGAGAGGACGACCGGCCGCCGGAUAACCCCAACAGCCCCAAUGGGUUCCUGAAGUUCCCGGCGGGUUACAGCGUGGAAAUCGCGUCCUUGGGAUUGAAAAUUAGAGGCGACGUGAGGAGGUGCUGCUGCAUGGUCUCUGGCGGUGUGUAUGAGAAUUUGCUCUUCUUUCCGACCAUUCAGCUGAUCAAGGAUAGGUACCCGGGUGUUCAGGUGGAUGUGUUGGCGUCGGCGAGAGGGAAGCAGACGUACGAGUUGAACAAGAAUGUGAGGUGGGCUAAUGUUUAUGAUCCUGACGAUGAUUUCCCCGAGCCCGCCGAGUAUACUGACAUGGUUGGACUUCUUAAGAAUAGGUACUAUGACAUGGUGUUAUCAACCAGACUAGCAGGGCUAGGGCAUGCGGCAUUCUUGUUCAUGACAACAGCUCGAGAUAGAGUUAGCUACGUUUACCCAAAUGUAAAUUCUGCAGGGGCAGGAUUACUUCUAUCCCAAACAUUUACACCAGAUAGUAAUAAUCUCUCUGACGAAGGAUAUCACAUGUAUCAUCAGAUGCUUGAUUGGUUGGGGAGACCAUUUCGAAGCGUGCCAAGGCAACCUGUGCCCCCUCUCAAAGUAGCUAUUUCAAAGAAGCUGAAGGCAGUUGUUGAGGCCAAAUAUAGGAAAGUAGGUGCAGAGAAAGGAAGAUAUGUUGUCAUUCAUGGGAUAAAAUCAGAUUCAAAGGCCUCAAUGCAGUCUAGGGGGGACACUGAUAGCUUGCUACCAAUCGAAGUUUGGGCUGAAAUAGCAGAUUCUAUAAGGGGACCUAGGCCAAUUUUUGUUAUUCCACAUGAGAAAGAAAGGGAGAAUGUUGAAGAAGUUGUUGGAGAUGAUGCAAGUAUUGUGUUCAUUACAACUCCUGGCCAGCUGGCAGCCCUUAUCAAUGACUCAGCAGGGGUGAUUGCCACAAACACAGCAGCCAUCCAACUUGCAAAUACACGGGAAAAACCCAGCAUUGCAUUGUUUUGCUCUGAAGAAAAGGGGAAGCUAUUUGUUCCUAAUGCAGAAGAGAAGAAAUGUGUCAUAGUUUCGUCCAAGACCGGAAAAUUAAUAGAUAUUGACAUUCAAGCUGUUAAGAAAGUACUUCAAAUUUUUGAUGUGUCCCUAGCUCUAGCCUAGAAGGGGAAGAGGGCCACUUCCUUUUUUAUUUAUUUUUUUUCAUUUUUCAUUUUAUUUUUUAUUCUUACUGUUAUUUUGGAUGUGUUUCCCUUUCAAUUGUAUAGAAGAAUAUCAAAUUUUCUGCAAAUAGUUCACAAAUUUCAAUC